AUGCUGCCCCUGUACAUUUGCAGCAUCUUGCUAUUGGUGCUGAGGGCCUCGUCCCUGAAAAUCACACAAGCAGGUCAACAAACACCAAAAUACGCUGCAACUCUGGGAAAAAGUGUCAAGUGCCUCAGCGAGCUCAAUUCUGCCCGUGAGGCAGCCGGGUUGCCAAAUUUUACAGAAGCCACAGAGGAUAAAAAGCUAACUGAUCCAAAGGAAGACCUAGACCAAGAUACAGAGUGGAAAAAAGUUUGCACGCAUUUGAUUCCCACGGAGCAAACAGACCCCGUGGCUGCGGCAAGCGCAGCGAACCCCUUUCAGGAUGGAACAUACGCCUUCAAGUCCCUAACUGCCGCCGAACCUAACUGCAAGGAAACAGUUGAUCACUGGAAGGCAGCCUUCAAAAAUUUCACUGGCCUUCCGCCAUCAAAGACUCAAGGCGCAGAUCUAUAUAAGAAUCAAGACAAUGUUUCUUUUGUAGCCUUGUACAACCCCUCAUCCGAUGCCACUGCAGAUUGCCAAGUCGUCACCUGCACUAAAACCACUACAGAAGGCACAGUGCUGCAGAAUGAUUCAGAGCAAAGCCCCGAAUAUGGCUACGCGCUGAUUUGCAAGACGAUGCCCUCUGCCUUUAAAGACGACAAUGCUGUCCCAUUCACGCAGGACCAGUGGGACAAGAUCGCAUCCUCGCUCACGGGGUCAGCUUCAACAGCCAUCCCAGGCAUUUGUGCAUUCUUCAUCGCAGUGUUCAGCUUGAUAGCACUGUAG